AUGAAACAUGAUUUGUCCAAAUUUUUGUCGAUAUCGAGACACAAUGAAACCGAGAAAUCCGUGGCGCGUGCCGCCAUCAAGAGAGCUCUGGAGGCAGUUGGUUUGAACUCGAUGACUCACACUUUUAUUCACGAAGAAUCUAACGAAAUCGGUGCCAACGUGAUAGCUGUCCAAAAAGGUCCAUAUUUUGGCACCGGAAAUGAUAAAAUGUUAAUUUUGUCGGCGAAUUAUGAUACGGUGGAAGGAAGUCCAGGUGUCGAUGACAAUGGCUCGGGAGUGGCUGCGGUGUUGGAGGCGGCUAGGGUGUUAUCCACUCUGGAUAACCUGUAUUCCAGACAAAAUACUAUUGUUUAUGUGUUUUUUGAUAUGAAACAUAAGGCCUUGGCCGGUUCCCACGCCUUCGUAGAAGACGUCCUUCUCCCCCUCAUGGAACGUACCAACACCAAAGUGAUAGGUACCGUAAUCGCCGACGGUCUUCUUCAUUUUGAUCCCUUCCCAGCUUCUCAAGCAAUGCCACCAGAGUUCGAGUCGUUUUUCCCGGAAGCCGCUCAAUUAUUGCAUGAGCAUUCUCAUAUGGGAGAUUUUAUUCAGAUAUCGUCGAGAAAUGAUGUGGAUGAAGAGUUGGUGAGAAGAUACACCCGUGCCUACGACCGUUCCUGUCAGAUGCUCUCCGCCGACUGGGAAUUCCAUCCGUGGUCCCUAAACCUCCAGAUGAACAUUGGAAACAUCACGACUUUAGACCGGUUAUACAAACUCCACCCAUUCCUAUACUCGGAUCACUCAUCGUUCUUCUUCCAUUCGAAACAAAAAACUGUGCAAAUUCCAACGAUUUAUUUGACGGAUACAUUGAACCUACGCGGAGUCCGCCAAUACUGUGUGCAGUGUGACGGUCUCUACAUGAUGACCGAACAAAAUAUGAAAUUUUUGGCGCUGAUGACGGAUUCGUUGAUCAGAUUAUUGAUUGAAAUGAGUGGAUCGUCGGCGGCCGGCGUCGUCGAUGAUUUGUAUAGUUUUAUGUUUAAUAUUGAUGUUGAGUGA